AUGAAGGCAUUUGCUACUCAGUUGCUCAAAGAGGCAUCAUUCCCUCUCUCCUUUGUUGAUGCUGUCGUGGCUGCUAUCUCAAAGGCAGUCGAGGAGUAUACCCUCUUUGUCCCAGAUCCGGCCUUUGGUGAAAUCAGAGUUCCGCUUACCAUUGACAUUGAGAUUGACUCGGUUACUCUCCGUGAUCAAAUCGAGUGGGAUCUCAAUGAGCCCAACAACAAGGACUCCAUUCAGCCCUUUGCUACCGCAAUGGCCGCCGAACUUGGCUUGCCGCCCUCCUUUGCUGUCGCCAUCGCCACCUCCAUGCGCUCACAGAUCUACGCAUAUGAGGCUCAUAUCAUGCGUGGUCAGAUGGACAAGCUCUCCCGCGUCACUCUGCCCAACGUCAACCCGUCUUGGGUCACCAGGGCUACCUCGGGCGCAGAUGUCUGGUUCCCCGACGUUGACGUCCUCGUCCCGCGCCCGUCGGACACCACCCUCCACUACGCCGCCGUCCCGCCGCUGCAGCGCGUCCGCGAUCAUGUCGAGUCUGCCGGCGAGCAUGGCCCGUCGCGAAAGCGUCCGCGCCCGAGCGAGAUGAAGGACGCUGGGCCAGACGCAAAGCGGCCCAAGCUCCCCACCUCGCGCGCCUUCCAGGCCUUUGCCACCGAGCGUCGCAUCCCGCUCGCCGCCCUCCCGCAGUUUGCCUCCAUGGCACCCGAGUCGCUUGACGCCGUCCUGCUGGCCAUGUGGAAGAACCUCAGCCCCGACGAGCAGGCCGCGUACAAUCCGGCCCGCGCCGCUGCUGCCGCCGCCGCCGCCGCCGCCGCCGCCGCCAACCCGCCGCCGACCACACCGGUCACGCCCAUUGCUGGCCAGGGUGGCGAAGCAGCCGGCUCUGCAGUCUCGGCCCCGCUGCCGCCCGACGCAACGAACAUGAGCUCGCCGGCGCAGGCGUCGCCGAGCAAGGGUACGGUGCCGACCCGGUCGAUCUCGCCCAUCAAGGCCAGCUCGCCGCCGCGGACGCGGGCACGCUCACCGCCGCGCAACGCACUCUCCACCAUGGCCGUCCCCAUCGUCGACUCUAACGGAGUCCCGGUUUGGCGGUUCAUCGAGGUCCUGCCGCACAUGGCCAUGGCUGUGUUCUGGCGCGAGACGCCGCGCGGCUUUGUCGCCUACCUCUCGCUCGACGAGUGGCAGAACAAGGUGUUCUCGGCGUGCGACCUCUCGCCGCACGCCGUCAACACCUGCCUCAACAAGCUCGUGGCCGACCGCGACCUCGCCACCCUCGACGAGCUCGCCUGGAUGAAGAAGCACGCUCUCGUGGAGCCCAAGGCCCAGGCCGCAGACGUUGUCCCGGGCACCGCCGUUGUCGAGAUCCUCUCCAUGGCUCACCGCUCGUCUGAGGCCUCGACUCUCUCGUAUGCACUCUCGCAGGCCCGCCCGCCACCGCCGCCGUCGUCGCUCGCCACCAUGCUCGACAUGGUCUACGCCCAGCCGCCGCUGCCCAUCGCUCGCGGAACCAAGCCCGUUACCCCGGUCCACACCCGUGUCCGCGCCUCGACCCUCCAGCCGCCGCCGCGGCCGACGGCGUGUGCCGCUUGCGGUACGACCACAAAGCUGCUCUACCGCGGGCCUAACGACGCCCGCGAGCUCUGCCAGUCGUGCGGCAACCACUUUGUCCGCCACGGCGUCGUGCCUGACGUCAAGUAG